AAAGAUGGCGACGCCCGUGAGGCGAGCUCUGUUAGGGGUGGCCAGGGGCUGGCGGCAGUUCGGGAGGCUCUGCGGUGGUACCUUGUGUUCUCGCAGCCUGGCCGUUGAGGCCGCACCUUCAAGCAGUGGGUCUCCUUGGCGCUUGUUGGGCGCGUUGUGUCUGCAGCGGCCACCGCUAAUCUCCAAGCCUCUGACCCCAUUGCAGGAAGAGAUGGCGACUCUUUUACAGCAGAUUGAGAUAGAGAAAAGCCUGUAUUCAGACCAUGAACUCCGUGCUCUGGAUGAAGCCCAGCAAAUGGCAAAGAAGAAAGCUGACCUCUGUGAUGAUGAGCAAGACGAACAGGGUGUAUUCCUUGUGCAAGAUUUGGAAGAUAUGUGGGAGCAGAAAUUCCUACAGUUCAAAACUGGAGAUCGUAUAACAGAAGCAGAUAAACAAAAUGACCGAACCUCAUUGAAUCGGAAGCUAGACAGGAACCUUGUCCUGUUAGUCAGACAGAAGCUUGGAGACCAGGAUGUUUGGCUCUUGCCACAGGUAGAGUGGCAGCCUGGAGAGACCCUCCGAGGGACAGCUGAGCGAAUCCUGGCCACAAUCUCAGAAAACAAUAUGGAAGCCAAGUUCCUAGGAAAUGCACCUUGUGGCCACUACAAGUUCAAGUUUCCCCAAGCAAUGCGGACAGAGAGUAACCUCGGGGCCAAAGUAUUCUUCUUCAAAGCACUGCUACUAAGCGGAGACUUUUCCCAGGCCGGGAAGAAGGGCCAUCAUGUUUGGGUCAGUAAGGAUGAGCUGGGGGACUAUUUGAAACCAAAAUACCUGGCUCAGGUUAGGAAAUUUCUUCUGGACCUCUGAUGAACAGGACUACCCAUGGAUGAUGUUCAGACAAGCCAGGGUUAGAGCCUCAAGGCAUCCUGUGAUUGCCCGCCAUUUGCAGGGAAUAUCAAGCAGCUGUGUUCUGAAAAUUAAAUAAGUCUGUCAUUGUGCAGGGCUCAGCUGACUGGCCCUUUGAGGACUUCUCCCAGUGAAGAGAGAGCCAUCUGUUAAGGUGCAGAGAAUCACAUUACUUUAUAGUGAGUUAACUGGCUUACUGGGCCCAAGAAGAAAGAACAGAAGGAAGCAAAUUGACCUAAACCUUGAGUUCUGUGAAGCUUGUAGGUCCGUGAGAAAAACCUGGUUCUGUACAGGGUGUUAGCCCUUUUCCAUUUUGUUCUUCCUUUCCUUUCCAUUUGGUAUGAAGGUGUUUUAACUUAGCCUAGGAAAUAAUGACUUCUUUGCCUCUCUCCCUUUCUUUUUAAAAGUGUUUUAUAUUUAAAAAAGAAUCACGUUAUUCCUGUUUUGAAACAGUCAUGCAAACUAAACAAGUUCAGUUUAUCUCCAUUCUACAAAUGGGGGAGUCGGGCCGGCCAUGACGAGGCUUAGUCAGACUUCCCAUCCCUGAGGCAGCUGGGGAAGAAUGCUGGCCUCUCACCUCUCUCUUGAGGCUGUUGGCUGUUCAGUGUGUUGUUUGAGUCAUCGCUGGUUCCCAGUUCCUGGUACACAGAAGGUACAAAUAAACAUUUGCUACAUGAGUGCAAGAGGGUGAACAAGCAGGUAUAACUGUCCCAGGGAAGGAUCCCAUCAGACUAGUUUCCGUCAUCUGGCCUCUGGGUUAACUGCCUGGCCCUUAGGAUGUGAGCUUGUGAAGUAGGAUUUCUAUUUCUAUAUCAGUUGUAGCUUCGGGGUUUUGCACAGAGUUGGGGAAGUCACUACAUGUGGUCCAGGUUAGGUUUCUAGUCCUGAUAUCCCCCACCUUGCCCUUCACCUCCUACACAUGUUCUUUCCUGAGCUACUGUGGAAGGUGUCCCCUCCGUGAGGCUUGCUCAUCAGGACUGAAGCCUGGGUACAGCCAGAGGACCAAGAUGCACUUACUGGGUUCUUGGAAAACAUCAUGUAUGUGAACUGUGCUGCCUAAUGUUAGGGUCUCAGGUACCUCUGACUUAGAAGGAGCUAGAAGGGCGGGAAUCACCAGGGUGAAGAGGUAAUUAUUUUCAUAACCACACAUAAGAUGCUGUGCUCUUCACAGCAUUGUUUCUGGUUUUACUUUGUUUUGUUCUGGUUUUUUUGGUAGCGUGAGAUUGAGCCCAGGGCCUCUUGCAUGUUAGGCAAAUACUCUGUCACUGUUUCUUUAGUAGAAGCAGCAUUGUUAAUUGGUAAGUGAGACAUGGUGUCAGGGUAACCUGACAUGCUAGUAGUUCUUGAGUUCCCGUGCGAUUUUCCCCUAGAACAGGACAAGAUUGAAUACCUCAAGAAAAAAUGGAAAAUUUCUUAACCGUGCCUUACUUUAUUGCAAAUAGGGACUAGCUUAGCAGCUUCAAGAAUCUCCAGUAGUUCAGAGCUAUGGUUCAUGUCUAUAAUCCUAGCUACUCAACAGGUGGAGAUAAGGUUGGUGGUUCAAGAGCAACCUGGGCAAAAAAGUUCACGAGAUCCCAUUUUAAUCAAUAAAAGCUGGACAUGGUGGUGCAUGGCUUUCAUCCCAGCUAUGUGAGAAGCAUAAACAGAAUCACAGUCCAGGCCCACCCAGGCAUAAGCAGGAAAGACCUAAAGCAAAAAAGGACUGGGGUGUGGCUCCAGUGGUAGAGCAGCUGCCUAGCAAGCACAAAGCCAUGAGUUUGAACCCCAAUACUGCCAAAAAAAAGAAUCACGAGUAAUGUUUCUAUUAUAUUCGGCUAUCUGGCGAAACAGAAUGGAAAGAAGGAAGUUGUGAAGACACCCUUGGUUUUAAAAAAUUGAUAGAGAAGGUCCCAUCCUAAGCCAUGUUUUUAAUUUUAAUGGGCCCACCACUCAGGAAGUGGCGUGUGCCCAGGAUUCAAGGCUGC